GGCAGCUUUGUGACACAGUUUGAGUUGCAUACAAACUGGAGCUGACAGAGAGACUCUAUCACUGCUCAUCAAAUCAUCAGAUCAGCCCUUUUUCACCUGCAGAAACAGAAUCAUCAUAAGUUAAGCUCCCCCACCAAACCUUCCCUGACAGACAAUCCAAGGAUGACGCACCAGUUCCCAACACUCUCCGAGGCUCAGAAGAGGGAGCUCCAUGAGACAGCUCUACGCAUAGUUUCUCCAGGGAAGGGCAUCCUGGCUGCAGAUGAGUCUGUUGGCAGCAUGGCUAAGCGGCUGGCCCAGGUUGGGGUGGAGAAUACGGAGGAAAAUCGCAGACAGUUUCGUCAAAUCCUCUUUAGUGCAGAUGAUCGCAUCAACAGCUGCAUUGGAGGGGUUAUCUUCUUCCAUGAGACCCUGUACCAGCACUCUGAUAAUAGUGUUUCCUUUGUAAAAAUGAUCAGGGACAGGGGAAUCCUGGUUGGGGUCAAGGUUGAUAAAGGUGUUGUCCCCCUGGCAGGAACAUGUGGAGAAACCACCACACAAGGCCUGGACGGCUUGGCAGAGCGCUGUGCCCAGUAUAAAAAGGACGGAGCAGUCUUUGCAAAGUGGCGCUGUGUGCUUAAAAUCAGUGACUCUAACCCAUCCAAACUAGCAAUCACAGAAAAUGCUAAUAUUCUUGCACGUUACUCAAGCAUCUGCCAGCAGAAUGGCAUUGUGCCUGUAAUUGAGCCAGAGAUCCUACCUGAUGGUGACCAUGACCUGAAACGCUGCCAGUACGUCACAGAGAAGGUGCUGGCUGCUGUGUACAAGGCCAUGUCAGACCACCAUGUUUAUCUGGAAGGCACUCUGCUCAAACCAAACAUGGUCACUCCUGGACACAGCUGCCCCACCAAGUACAGCCCAGAGGAGGUGGCGAUGGCAUCUGUCAGCGCCAUGCGUCGCACCGUCCCCCCAGCCGUCCCAGGAAUUUGUUUCCUCUCUGGAGGUCAGAGUGAAGAGGAGGCCUCCAUCCACCUCAAUGCCAUCAACAACUGUCCUCUGGCUAAACCUUGGGUCCUGACUUUCUCCUUUGGCAGGGCUCUGCAGGCGUCAGCCCUCAGAGCCUGGAGAGGACAUAAGGAAAAUGAAAAAACUGCCACAGAGCAGUUCAUUAAGCGAGCUGAGGUGAACAGCCUUGCAUGUCAGGGAAAAUACAGUGGAGGUGACAACUAUAGUGAGGCCGGCCAUCGCAUCUUCGGCUCCUGCCAUGCAUACUGAGCAGAAAAAAGAAAAGAAAAAACAUCUUCCAUUUUAAGUAGCAUUAAGCUUCAUUUCUUAAGAUGUAUCACAGGUUAAUUUAACUGUAGUAACUUAGAAUUAGUGUUGCGCUGAUGCCAUUUUUUGGCACUGAUACAGAUAACCGAUACCUGGCUGUGCAGUAUUGGUCGAUAUCAUACCGAUACCAUACUGAUACCAUCCGUUUGAAAGUGAUGUGUAUAUAUAUGAAGAACUGCGUACUAAUUGGGUGUAAAAUAAUUGCCAUCAUGGCUUUGUCAAGCUGCCGUGAAGCAGGAAAAAAACUAAUACAAAGUGAAUCCAGUAGAACUUUUUAUGGCCUACCUGGAAUGGAUGACAAUAGUUGAAGAAAUUUUUGUCUCUCAAAAUGGUAUCGCUGCCAUAUUUGUCGGUGCUCGCCGAAACCGAUACCACCAUUUUAGGACAGUAUCAGAGCCCGCCAAUACUGGUAUCGUAUCGGUGCAACACUACUUAGAAUAGAUAAGAACAAAUGAAACACAUGAAUAUGUUGAAAGAAAACAGCUAACAGUGUUUUAUUGCCUUGUUUACCGAAGACAAUCGGGAACGUAUUUAGGAUUUCUAAUAUCUGAAGGGAAUUCUCUACUUUCUUUGCAUAAUGUGUGCAAAGUCAGUUCAUAAGGUCGAUGAACUAAGGCUAAACAGUAUUACUGUUCUCAAACAGUAAAUGCUUAAAUCCUAUGAGAUGGUUUUGGCCUUAUAGCUCUGACUAAAGUCAAUAUCAAAACAUGUCAUCUUCUAAAUAGCUUCAGUUGCUAAAUAUGUGCUAAAGCUGUUCUUCAUCACUUUUCAGAAGUGCACCUCAGCUUAGCUUAGUAGUGGCCAUGCACAGAUAAAAAUAUAUUCCCUGGUACUAGCCUCUGCGCUCCCCACUGCCCUUGUCUGUUACAAGAUUUUUAUCUGUAAAAUGAAUUUGGUUGAAAUCUAAUACAAUAAAAAUGCUGGUGAAGUUAA